AUGAGAUUGUGGAUCUUGCUUAUGAGACCUAACGAAGAAGAAAAGGUGCGGAGACUAGUGAGUGUUGGUUCAACCGUGGUUGGAUUGCUGUGUUACUCUUACAGCACCAAUUUCAUCCACCUUUUCGGAGAGUGGAACUGGUGGAAGAUCUUUCUUUACCUCUUAUUCAGUUGCCUCGUUUGUUUGGCCGUCUUGUUUCAUAAAGCAUGGAAUAUCAUUCCCCACCAGCACGAACGCCUUUCGAAAUUCUUGGUUUUGACCUCCUCCACUGUCUUCUUAUUCUUCUCUGAUAGAGCUUCGAAUGGGGAAUCAGAUGCAUACGGCGUCAUCUCGUACGUUGCCUUCGCCGUCAUGUCCCUUGGUUGCAGGUUCAGUGAACUCCUCACCGUGUUCACGGGAGCUCUAAUUGUACAGCUCAUGGGAAUCAAGUUGUUCUUAGGUGCUGUGGGAGUGGUUUUAUGCUUCAUCUUCAUUGUUCCAGCUCCCUAUUUUGUUGAAACCCAAGGUCAGUCUCAGCCUUCUAAUCAAUUUCAAUCCUCCAGCCAAGAUGAGCAUCAACAAGUAAUCGUUGACAUAGAUCCGCGGGUGGAAGAUGAGGAGUCGGUGGAGGCGAAGACGAGGGAGUCGAAGGUUGAAGACGACGAGGUGAGGCAGAGGCCGGCGACGACGACGGAGUCCACGGGUGAAGACGAGAAGGUGGAAACGAAAGCGGACGAUUUCAUAAACAAGUUCAACAAGCAGCAGCUGAAGCUGCAGAGGACUCGUUCCAGUAUCCGUUACAAAGAGAUGCUCAAAGCAAACUGGGGAAAAGACUAA